ACAUACACCAUGGCCAAAGGAAAUAAUUCAGAAGUGACUGAAUUCAUCCUCGUGGGACUCACAGACAGUCCAGAGCUACAAGCCCUUCUUUUUGGGAUCUUUCUAGUGAUCUACUUAAUUAGUGUCAUGGGUAAUCUUGGGUUAAUUAUGCUAAUUCAUAUCAGUCCUCAGAUUCACACACCUAUGUAUUUUUUCCUCAGCCACUUAGCUUUUGUUGAUUUUUGCUAUACCUCUUCUGUCACCCCCAACACCUUGGUGAACUUCCUCCAAGAAAUUAAAAGAAUAUCCUUACCUGCUUGUGCCACUCAGUUGUGUUGCUUUGUCAUGUUUGCGGUUUGUGAGGUGUACAUGCUUUCAGUCAUGGCGUAUGAUAGGUAUGUGGCCAUUAGCAACCCUUUACUCUAUACCAUUGUCAUGAACAGAAGGGUCUGUGUGCAAAUGGUGGUGAGUACAUAUUUGAAUGGCUUUUCUGUGGGACUCCUCCAGACAUUUCUUACAUUCCACUUGUCUUUCUGUAAUUCAAAUAUAAUACAUCACUUCUACUGUGAUGAUAUUCCCCUGGUUGGUCUGGCUUGUCAUAAGACCCGUUACAAAGACAUCAAAACACUGAUACUCUUCAUACUUGCUGGUUUCAAUACCCUUUUCUCUCUUUUUAUCAUUCUUGUCUCUUACAUAUUCAUUCUGUUUGCCAUUCUGAGAAUUAACUCGGCUGAAGGCAGAAAAAAGACAUUUUCUACUUGCGCAUCCCACCUGACCUCCAUCACCAUAUUUUAUGGUUCAGUCAUCUUCAUGUACAUACAGCCAAAAACAAGUCAUUCUCUGGACACUGACAAAAUAGCUUCUGUUUUCUAUAUUGUGAUAAUUCCCAUGUUGAAUCCUUUAAUAUACAGCCUGAGGAACCAGGAAGUCAAAAAUGCUUUGAAGAAAACUCUAGAAAAGGUGUGUUCUACUAUAAAAUAA